GCUCGGCGCGUGAAGGUUGACAAGACCGACCUGCCUAUAUCUCAGUCUACCUGUCGAUCGACCGAUCAAAGAGCAGUCGAUAGUAUUCGUCGUGAUGAGUGUGCGCGGCAAGCAAGUGCAAAAUGGUACCUACGAGUUUGAUUACAUGCGAGUACCUGAUACUAGAACUCGCUGGGAGAUAAUUCGCGAUGGUAUCUACAAUCCGACAGAAGGAACGUACUGUGGUCAUCCGCCUAAAAAAUGGGGCGUAACUCUUAUCUUCUACGCUUGCUUCUAUGCUGGGCUGGCGAUACUCUUCAGCAUUAGCAUGAAAGGCAUGCUGGCUACGUUGAGCUAUGAGAAACCUAAAUGGACCUUAAGUAGCAGCAUUAUAGGUACUAAUCCAGGCUUGGGAUUCCGACCAAUUUCGGAUAAUCCCGAUGAGAGAUCACUUAUUUGGUAUAGCGCAUCAAAUGCGACUGAAAUACGAAAAUGGACGCAGCGCUUGGAUAACUUUUUAGAAAACUACAUCAAUUCAUCGCUUUUGCCAAAUGGCGGUAGAAACCAACAAAUCUGCAGUUAUAAAAUGCCAGCAAAGACUGGUAAUGUAUGUGCAGUUGAUGUGAAUAAUUGGGGACCAUGUUCUCCGAAUCAACAAUACGGUUUCAAUAAUUCGGCGCCUUGUGUUUUCAUUAAACUUAACAGGAUAUACGGAUGGGUUCCUGAGUAUUAUAAUAAUACUAAAAAUUUACCGUCCGAAAUGCCAGAGAACUUAGUCAAAUAUAUAAAAUCAGUCGACGCUUCAUGGCUGAAUACUGUAUGGGUAUCUUGCAAAGGAGAGAAUCCUCAUGACCGAGAAAAUAUCGGCGAAGUGAAUUAUUAUCCUAAAGGACACGGUUUUCCAGGAUACUAUUAUCCAUAUGAAAAUACUCCCGGAUACUUAAGUCCAGUAGUCGCUGUUCAUUUUCUUCGACCAACAAGGAACCAAAUCAUCAACAUAGAAUGCCGGGCAUGGGCGAAGAAUAUCGAAUACAGUUCACAUAAAUCCGAAAAGAAGGGUGCAGUGCACUUUGAACUGAUGGUUGACGAAUGAUUGGACGUUACAAUCGUCGA